AUGAAGGCGCUGGCUAUUGUGGCCCAAAUUCUGUGUCCAACCUACCAGUCGAUGAUUCGUGCCGCGGCUUCUGCAUAUGACGCAUGGGAAACGUUGCGUUCUCUUUUCGCAAAACAGUCACUUCGUAACCGUGAGCAAUUGAGGAACGAGCUGCAUGGAAUUUUGCUAGGCACGGGAGGAGAACUGAUGAAGCUUAUCGUGCAGUCUGAUGAUCUUGAGUAUGAUGCAACGAUCCGUAUUAUCGAGACGCACGAGAUGGUGAUAUUGCUGGAUGUAAAAGAGAUGCUACGCCGUGAGUUCCGGCUGGCCAAGGUGGUCGAGGUGGUCGUCGAAGAGGUAACAGACGACGACGUGGGGGUCGAGGUGGCCGUGGUGAUCGUGGAGGCUCCAAUGGCGGCCGAGGACAGCACCAGAAGACGAAUAGUGACAAUUGUUCGUGGGUAUUGCUUUAACUGCAAUGAGGACGAUCACAAGCGUGACGAAUAUACUGAGAAAUUGGGAAAUUUGUUUGCUUUCUUGUCCACAAUGGAUGCUUCAGCACGAGAGGUUUCCUGGCUGCUCAAUAGUGGAGCGAGAAGCCACAUGACGGGUAAAAAGAUUGACUUUGUGGAGUAUAAAGAGUUAAAGAUGUUAGUCAUCAUCACCGUGGCUAUUUCACAGCAGUUGCUAGCGUGA